AUGUCGGUUGCGUUGUAUUUCGCAUUCGCUUUCACUGUUUUGUUUUCAACAGGUUACGGAGAUGUUGAGUUAUUGGGUAAAGGCCGCUGGCUGGUACUGACAAUGAUGAACUGCGAGGAUGCUGACCAAUACGACAUAAUACUGACGUCAUCGCGGACCAAGAUCAACAGGACACACGACAGCUUCAACUUGCACAUGGAUCUUGAUAGAGAGCUUAAUUCUUCGUAUGGAGUCGAACUAGUGAUUUAUAAAGAAAUGGACGGCGGUUUCAAAUUUCACCAGACUAUGGGAAGUGAUAACUUUUGUGACUUCGUAAAGGAGUAUACUGGGGAAAACUGGAGCAAACUGCUCUCCAUGGCGGGAGUAGACCCACCUGACUGUCCUAUACCUACGGGUGAAUUUAAGAUCACAGAGUUCGUGGUGGACUAUCAACAACUGGAAGAGACGGGGUUGUAUGGGACGUUCGACGUGACAGUCUUCCUGCUACACGAGGCACACAGGAUCAUAUGCACGCGGUGGCUGGUACGCUUCGAGAAAGAACACGAUGACGACGAUGACGAUGAUGAUGAUGAUGAUGAAUAA